GAAAAAAACGUAGCUGCUGUGAACAUAAACGUAAGCGCCCAAAAAUACAGCAGUGAGGAAUAUCGACACAAAUGUAGUCACAGUACAUUAUUUGAAUGAAACAAUUAGCGAUGUUACUGUUAACACACUUGGUUGUGAUGAUGUUGGUCCACUACACAGGUUCGUUCCUUCUGGAAAAGUCUCCUAGCCAGAAACAUAAUCUGGAGGAGCCAUUUCCAUAUUUUAGAGAAGAAGGUCGAGAUUUUGUCAUGGAGUGUACUAGUGACGACAUCAACGACACACACGUGUGGACGAUAGCUACGCCAAACGGGAAGAAAAUAUUCGACAGGUGUUGUGGCGCUGAUACCUGUGACAGACACCGCCAUCUUGACAGUUCGGUCAAGGUCAUGUGUUACGUCAACGGCACCAAGACCCACAGCAGACUACGGAUAGGGAAGAUAACUCAAGCACACAGGGACAACUCCAUCCAAUGCCGCGCCUUAAAGAACGGCAACCCGUCCUCGACAAUACAAGUCAGAUCUGCUCGCCUGAUGACUUUCCACAAGCCCCGUAACCCGCUGUGUCAAGUCCUACCCACGGGAGAGAACAGUCACAGGGUCACGUGCACAGCCCCCGGGGGCUACCCGGAAAUGACGUGUAACAUGACGCAGUAUGAAGAAGACCAACAACGCAAGACUAUCAUUGACCGACACUUCAACUACUCGUAUGUCAAGUCGGACAAACACCCUGACCUUUUGACGACCGUUUGCUCCAUCGACCUCCCCUACCUGACCCCGGGUAACUACACGUAUUUCACCGUCUUCGCUCCAAACUUGACAACAUACGUCAGAAACGCCUCCACCCCUGCCCCGCCCACUCAGACAGUCUAGGUGCCAACAUCCAGACGACAGGUGCUAAUCGAGCACCACGUUGACAGCCCACACCGUUUGUUAGUUACCUGUCGAGCUCUCGGGUUUACAAACAGCUCACACGUCGCCAUCUCCAUUUGUUUCGACUCCACAUGUGAAACCUUGCGGCAGGAAUCUGCGGAUGUCGACGGCAGUUACCUGCUCACAAAAAUGUUUGAACCGAAUUCUAGUCGAGAAGAACUCGACGUUUUAUGUAUCUGCAGCACCCCCGACUUUGAUGUAUCUAACAUGACUUAUAUAAACAAAACAAACCUAGACUUACUAUACCCAGAAUUCCCUGAUACAACUACAUAUGUGGCGUUUGUGACGGUUAUUCUAAUAAUAAGCAUGUUUGUCGUUAUAGCCGUAGUUAGAGCAGUAUGUCUACACAAGAUGCAACAAAAACAUAAAUAUGGGAAAAAAUUUGAUCAAAACAUAGAAUAUAUUAAAGUACCCAAAAAAUAAAAAUUCAACAAAAAUUAAAAACAAAAUAUUGUAAUAUUUAGCGAACUAUUACUCUUGAUUAAUAUUGAGACUAGAAUAUACAAUUCUUAUAAACAGUUAAAUGAAUAAAAUUAUGACAAGAACCUUUCGACUUGAGUCACCAUCUCUUGAAACAACGGGAUGUCUUGGCACGUUAAAGAAACAAACAAUCAUUUCUCAACUGUUUUUCGCUAUCAUUGUUCUAGCUGUUGUUUACAUAUAUAAUCUACUUAAUUUCAUUUUUAGACAUACAUUUUUAAACUGUUUGUAGAGUUACAUUAGACGAAACUAGUUAUAGUGUAUCAUCUCUUUAACCUACAUUGAUUUAUUUUAGAAUUAAAUUAAGUUUCCAACCCUUCUUUAAAGAUUAUUGUAGGCUGCUUCUACUUUUUAAAUAUAGAUCUAUACAGUUUAAUCAAAUUUUGUCUUAUCUAAUUAUACAGACUAUUUUAAGAAUGUAUAAUUACGUGACAAAUCGUUGUAUGAAAAUGUUGUAUCACUUGUUUACGUGAAGUAUCGCUUAUUUGAGGUCUUUUUAAUGUUUUCUUUUUUUUACGUAAUACCUAAAUGUUGGCGUACAGUAAUUUUAGCUUUAUUUGUCAACAGUUUUGUCGCAUGAAAGUAUAUAGAGCGUUUUUAAGACAGAAAUAAUUAUUUACAGAACCUUGGUAUUAUAUGUAUUUAUUUUGUUUUCAAAUAAAUAUUUUAAGUGUUACG